AUGACAGAAGUCAUCAGAAUACUUGAAAGUGUUCUUGAAUGUCAACCUGAUAACACCUUAAAGACAUUCACUAUGGAAACUAGAUCAGAAUAUUUCUUGCCAGACGCAACGCUGUCAAGUUCUGUUGUUAAUAGUAUAAACCCCACAAAUCCAGCAGAAUUAGCAACCAGUGUAGGGGUAGAGAAUACAACGAAUACAGAUCUAUUCGAGAUGUACUUCAAAAUGGCAGAUUUAGAUAAAGAUGGACGUAUUAAUGGUGUGGAAGCUGUUCCAUUCUUUCAAACCACCGGAUUACCAAAGGCUAUUCUCGCUAAAAUAUGGUCAUAUGUUGAUGUAAAUCGAAAUAGUUACCUUAACCGAUCAGAGUUCGACAAUUAUCUAAAACUUGUAACCGUUGCUCAAAGUAAGCGAGAACUUACUCCAGAUAUCGUGAAAGCAGCUCUAUAUGGACCGGCUUCAACUAAAAUUCCUGCUCCCCAGAUUGACGUGGAGGCCUUAGCUAUUCCUCAACAAAAUUUAAAGAUGAUGACAGUAGAGACUAGAUCAAAAGAUCCAUUGCCAGACACAAAGCUAACGAAUUCUGCUGCAGAUGAUGUAAACCCCUCACAUGCAGAAUUGGCAGCCAGGGUAGAGAAUACAGAUCUAUUCGAGAUGUAUUUCAAAAUAGCAGAUUUAAAUAAUGAUGGACGCAUUAGUGGUGUGGAGGCUGUUCAAUUCUUUCAAACCUCUGGAUUACCUAAGGCUAUUCUCGCUAAAAUAUGGUCAUAUGCUGAUUUAAAUCGAAAUAGUUACCUUAACCGAUCCGAGUUCAACAAUUAUCUAAAACUUGUAACCGUUGCUCAAAGUAAGCGAGAACUUACUCCAGAUAUUGUGAAAGCAGCUCUAUAUGGACCCGUUUCACCUAAAAUUCCUGCUCCCCGAAUUGACCUCGAGGCAUUAGCUAUUCCUCAACAAAAUUUAAAGAGGACUGUAGAGACUAGAUCAAUAGAUCCAUUGCCAGAAACAAUGCUAUCGAAUUCUGCUGCAAAUGGUGUAAACUCCUCACAUGCAGAAAUGGGACAUCAGGUGAUCAAUACAGAUCUAUUUGAAAUAUACUUCAAAAAAGCAGAUUUAGAUCAAGAUGGGUAUGUUAGUGGCGCUGAAGCUCUUCCCUUCUUUCAAGCCUCUGGUUUACCUAAGUCGGUUCUUGCUCACAUAUGGCGAUGUGUUGAUACAAAUCAAAAUGGUUAUCUUAGUCGAGGGGAGUUCGACAAUUAUCUGAAACUUAUAACUGUUGCACAAAGUAAGCGAGAACUUACUCCAGAUAUGGUGAAAGCGGCAUUAUAUGGACCUGCUUCAGCUAAAAUACCCGCUCCUAACCUCCCUCAAUAA